CAGGGGUGCUGCGUGUGGGAUCAAUGCUUUCGCUAUCCGAGGAGGACUCGUGAUUCCCGCGACUGCGGAUGCCAAUUUGCGCUGUUGCACAGAGCAGAAGGCACCUAGCAGUCGGAGAUGUGUCGGUUGACUUCGGCCGACUUCGACGACUUCUCAAGCGACGAACCGGCAACGUCGUACACUUGUCACGUCGAGAGAGGCGACGUGGCAACGUCGCACACUUGCCACACUUGUUGCGUCGAAAGAGGGGAUGUGGCAACUUCGCACACUUGUUGCGGCGAUAGCGGUGACGUGGCAAUGCCGCAUGCUUGUUGCGUCGAGCGAGAUGUGGCAACGUCGCACACUUGUUGCGUCGAAAGGGGCUAUGUGGCAACGUCGUCGAGAUGUCUUCUUUAUUCAGCAUCAGGCACCGUCACCCACAAACGACACGUUUUCAAUACCACGCCUAAAGAAUACCAACGCUAUAGCGCCACGCCUACCACCUCACACGUCGACCACCCGACUGCCACCGCUCACGACUCUCUCUCCAAUUUAUAUCACCCCCACUUACCUUCCCACCUGUUGCAGAUCCACGCACAGCCGCCGCGCAAACCCCGUCCGCGCAUGAACUCGGCCAUCUUCGUGUCUAGCGCCGGCCCCGGAUUGGACCCGAAGGAGUUCUUCCGGCGGCACGGCAGCGUGUCGCGCCUGUGCAGAAAGGCCAGAAGCGUCGACAACAUCUCGCUGGAGGAGAAAUUCAUGGAGGGGAAGCGCUUCGGCGUGCCGCAGCUGUCGGUGUCGGGACCCUCUCCUCCCGAAGACGACGAGCGGGAGGAGGAGGAAGAAGAGGAGGAGGGUGAGGGGAGGGGGGAGAGGGUUACGCUGAUGCGGGAGGACGAAUGA